UAUGAUGCUAAUUACUGUCGAAAACAAGAAAACCCACCCAGCCAGCCAGCCACUAUAUUCACACUCUUUCUUUUUAGUAUUCUCUUCUUUAACUUCCAUUUUCCAUUUCACUCACUAUAUUCUCUCUCUCUCUCUCUCUCUCUCUCUCUCACAUCAAUCAAUCAUCAAUUAUCUCUUCAGUUACAGAAUUUCAACGCAUAACGCAUUCCUUUGCUACUGCCUCAACCUCAACUCAUUAUUUCAUUUAUUUUUUUAAAUAAUAUUUUCUAUAUAAUAAUAAUCUAAAUAUAAAUAAUUACUAUUAAAAUACUAGUAUAUGAUAUGAUAUAUCAUAUAUGACGAUGAAUUGAAUUUGAGGAUGAAAUUAUAAUAAUCAAUUUUAGUCAUUUGGUGUCUCCUCCCAUUCUUCUCUGAUUCAAGGAGGAGAAAAAUGCCACCUCAGCGGCGGCGGAACAACAACUUUUACCAACGCUUCCGUCUUAUGAUUCCGAUUAUUUCUGCCUUCGCCGCCGUUCUACUUUUUCUCUUCGUUCUGAUUUCCUUUCUAGCUCCUUCUCCCAAUGAAUCCGACGAUCAUAUCCACCGGAGACGCCAAUACACCACGCAGGUUACCGUUGAAGAGAACGAUGCCAUUGAAAAACCUGUGUUCAUCGUUCCGAAAGAUGGAGGAAAACUCAGUCGCGAUUUGUGGAGUUCUAGAAAUUCGGAGCACUUUUUCGGUUGUAGCAAUGCGAGCAGCAAGUUUCAAAAACCUGAAGUAAUAACAAAACCUAAUCGGUAUUUGUUGAUUGCAACUAGUGGAGGCUUGAAUCAACAAAGAACUGGGAUUACAGAUGCUGUUGUUGUUGCGCGAAUUUUGAAUGCUACUCUGGUUGUUCCAAAAUUGGAUGAACGAUCUUAUUGGAAAGAUUCUAGUAACUUUUCAGAGAUAUUUGAUGUUGAUUGGUUUAUCUCGUAUUUGUCAAAUGAUGUCAAAAUUAUCAAGCAACUCCCAAGUAGUAGUAAGGGAAGGAGAGCAUUUUCUGCAUACAGAAUGCGUGUUCCAAGGAAAUGUAGUGAAAAAUGUUAUAUAAAUCGUAUAUUGCCAGUACUCGUGAAAAAGCAUGCUGUUCAACUCAACAAGUUUGACUACAGACUUGCAAACAGGUUGGAUACUGAGUAUCAGAAGUUGAGAUGUAGAGUUAAUUACCAUGGUCUAAGAUUUACUGAUCCAAUACAAGAAAUGGGUGAAAAACUGGUCCAGCGGAUGAGGAUGAGAAAGAAGCAUUACGUUACACUGCAUUUGAGAUUUGAACCUGAUAUGCUUGCAUUUUCUGGAUGUGACUAUGGUGGAGGAGAGAAGGAGCAGAAGGAACUGAGCACAAUAAGGAGGAGAUGGAAGACACUGCAUAAAAGCAAUCCUGAUAGGGCCAGGAGGCAGGGAAGAUGCCCGUUAACCCCAGAAGAAGUUGGUCUAAUGCUAAGAGCGUUGGGAUAUGGUUCUGAUGUUCAUAUUUAUGUUGCAUCUGGGGAAGUAUAUGGAGGGGAAGAAACAUUGGCACCUCUCAAAGCAUUAUUUCCUCAUUACCAUUCAAAAGAAACCAUUGCUACCAAGGAAGAAUUAGAACCGUUUUCUACGUUUUCUUCUCGCAUGGCUGCACUUGAUUUUAUUGUUUGUGAUGAAAGUGAUGUGUUUGUCACCAAUAACAAUGGUAACAUGGCUAAAAUAAUAGCCGGACGAAGGAGAUACUUUGGGCACAAACCAACCAUUCGUCCAAAUGCUAAAAAACUCUACAGAUUGUUCAUGAACAGAGGUAAUUUGACUUGGGAUGUUUUUGCUUCUAGUGUUCGUAGGUACCAGAAAGGCUUCAUUGGGGAGCCAAAGGAGGUUAGACCUGGUAGAGGUGGGUUUCAUGAGAACCCAUCUACCUGCAUAUGUGAAGAUUCUGUGGCCAAAGCGGCCAAAAAUUCUGACUCUAGAAAAUUUUCAAAGGAUGAUGCAAUCAAGAAAGAUGUAGCUGACGAGGUGGAUGUUGAUGAUAAUGAUAAUGAUAAUGAUGAUGAUAUUGACAAUGAUAAUGAUGAUGAUGAUGAUGAUCAGAAUGAUCUUACAGAUAAUGCUAUGUUCAAUGAAACAAUGUCAGACUAUGAAACUCUGAACUUUGAGGGUCCAGAGUUAGAGGAAAUUAUAUCAGACUAGUGACGCUGCAGUAUUCAGUGUUGACUAUUUUGUCAUAACCCCUUAAGCAGCUGCUGCUUUGAAAGUUGUUAAUAAAGCACAGAUACCGGAAACAGAUAAAAUCACAUAUAUUUCUCAAUACUUGCUGAGCUGAAUUUGAAGUGACUAUAGUAUGAAGACAUCUUGAAUAUUUAAUCAUAUGAACGAUUUGUGGAUUUUUAAGAGCGUAAUGGCCUCGGUUUGAUGCUGAAUAUUGUGGGUGUCUGGACUUAUAAUUGAAUCUGAGAAGAGGUCAUCAGAAGUGUGCAAUGAGUGGAAUGGAAGGACGGUCAUUCGACAUCUAGCUGCCUACAAAAUUGAGUUUCCUAGGAAGUAGGAAAAUCUGUAUAUUUUCGUUGAGGCAAGUUGCCAGACAUAUACUUUCGUUAAUAUCUAUCUAUCUUUGACAUUCAUACUGUCAACUUACUUAUAGAAGCAAGAGGAUGCCAACUUAUGUUUUUUGUGCUGAAGUGAACAAAACAGUAGUGGUCUGGUGACCUGGUAGAUAUUGUUAGUCCUUUUUUAAAACAGAUAAUUUCUUAUAUACAUUUAGUUUAAAUUGUAUGUAGGUUUUACUAUCUCAAA